CAACAGAUCCCAGGAAUUCAGGAAUCCCAAAGAUCUCAGGGAUUUGGGAAUCCCAAAAUGGAUCCAACAGAUCCCAGGGAUUCAGGAAUCCCAAAGAUCUCAGGGAUUUGAGAAUCCCAAAAGGGAUCCAACAGAUCCCAGGGAUUCCAGAAUCCCAAAGGGAAAAGCCCUCAGAGAAUCCCAAAUUCCAAAGGGGAUCCAGCAGCAGGAAUGAACCCAAGAUUUGUUCCCAAAUUCCCCCCUCCUCCACCAUUCCCAAACAUUUUUCCCUUCCAGGGCAGAAUUCCACGAUGGGAAUUUUCCGUUUCAUUGAGAUUUUUUUCCCCCGUUUUCCCCUUUUUUUUUGUGUUUCUCUUUUUUUUUCCCUGGAAAAAGGAGACCGGGAAGAGGGUUGGAAAAUCUGUAUUGAAGAGUUGGAACAAUUUUGAACCUGAACCAUCCCAAUCCCAAAAAAAAAAAAAAAACCCACCGGGACACGGAAUUGGGACUCCGAAAGGAAAAACCGUUCUGGCAUUCCAACAUGGAAUCUUUUCCCAGAUCCAGCCCAAAUUUGGCAGAAAUCCGGAUGGAAUAAAACAAAAUCCUCCACAUUCCCAGCAACAUUCCAGGAAAAACCACGUCACAACCAGGCUGGAUCCCAGGAGCCGCAUUCCCGGCGGGAAUUUGGAGUUUCAGCUCAUUCCAGGCGGGAAUUUGGGUUUUUCCAGCCUCAUUCCAGGUGGGAAUUUUGAUUUUCAGCCCCAUCCCAUGAAAUAUUUUGGAUUUUCAGCCUCAUUCCAGGUGGAAAUUUUGAUUUUCAGCCUCAUUCCAGGUGGGAAUUUUGAGUUUCAGCCCCAUCCCAUGAAAUAUUUUGGAUUUUCAGCUUCAUUCCAGGUUGGAUUUUGGGUUUUUCCUCCCCUUCCAAACAAAUCUUCCCCAUCCCACAAAUCUUUUUGGUUUUUUUUGGGAUUUAUCCUGAAUUAUCCUUUAAAAAAAAAAAUCAGGAUGGAGCAUUUUGAAGGCUGGACACAGAGAUUUGUUUGGAUUUUUAACUCCAAAUCCUUCAAUCUGACAUUCCUGAUUAUUUUAACGAUCUGGAGUUGGCUGAAAUUCCAAUUUCCAAGGGAAUUCUGCUGGGAUCCCAAAAGUUUUGACGUCGUUUUUAUCCCACUGAAUCUUUCUGCUCCUCUGUCAUUCCCUGAUUUUUUUCAGGAAUCAUCCGAACACUGGGAAUAAACGAACCAGGUUUCCCCACUCCCUCCCAAAAAAUCGGAUUUUAAUUGGAGGAAUUUUGUUGGGAUUUUUUUCAGGAAUAAAUCAACUUUUUCCAAAUGUUGGCAUCCAUAAGGAAAAAAAAGAAAACACCCCAUGAGGGGAAAAUCCUCUGGAACCAACCCCCCCCCCAAAAAAUUCCACGUGGGAAAGGAACGGCAACUUUUCCAUAAAAUCCAAUGGAAUUUCAGGAAUUCCACGUCAUCCCUCCGGCGGCAUCUCUCCCGAUCCAAGCUUGGAAUGAAAAGAAAACUCCAAAUUCCAAAAUUCCAACCCAAUUCUCGCGUUUGAGCUCUUCACAUCCCUACGGAAAACACCCCCCGAAAAUCCGCAUCCAGCUGGGAAUUCCGGGGGUUUUAUCCAACAAAUCCCAGUUUGGAAAAUGAGGGUGGUUUCUUUUAUUUUCCUUAAGCUAAAUCCCUAAAUAUUAAAAUGCUGGGAAAAGGGAGGAUCCCAAAGGAAUUCUUGGCUUCAGCGAUUCCUAAGAAAAUAAAUUCGGCUUUUCCUGAAUUUUCUCCCCUCUCUCCCCCUUUUAUUUUUAUUUUUUUUUAAUAUAUAGAUCUCUAGAUUAUAUAUAUUUAUAAUUUCCCCAAGAAAAUCCCCCCAGAUUUCCCCAAGAAUUCUUAUCGCCGGAAUAAGGCCUGGAAUUCUGCCCCGUGGAUUCGUCUGGAAUUCGGGAAGAAGCCCAAGGAAGAAGAGGAUGAGAAACCAAAAUGAAACCAAACUGGCCCCGGAGGGGUUUUGGGUUGAACCUCUGGAAUUCCCAAAAAAAAAAAAGAGAUGGAAAAUUCCAUCCCAAAUGGAUACAGGAGCAUGCUUGGGAUGCCUGGAAGAACUCGAGUCACGGAGGGAAGGGUUGGGAACGGCCGGAAUUCCCGGUGGGAAUCGGGAACGGCUCCCAAGCCUGCAUCAGCUUCUGCAAUUCCUAUAAAUUUUGGAAUAAUAUCCCUCAAAACAACGACAGAAAAGGAAAAAAAAAACCCAAAACAAAUCAAACCCGACCAACCCUCCCAAAGGAAAAAAAAAUUCCCAAAAAAGUUUCGCUUUGGAGUCUCUGGGAACGUCGGGAAGGCCCAAAAUUCACGGGAUGAGAAAGAACCGGGGUGGUUUUUGUCUCUCAGGAACUGCAAGGUUUGGAAAGUCCCAACGGUUCCGAAGUCUGUUCCACCCAGAAUCCAGGGAAAAACAAAAAAGUGGGAAUCUCCCGCAGCAAUUCCCACUUCCCAGCCAAGUUUGGGGCGGCAGCCGAUCCCUAAGGAAAAAUAAAAC